UUUCUGUGCAGACGUAGAGACCGAAACGAAAGAAAUAAAUAUCUAAAAGAUUUCAUAUUAAAAAUCUAUUUUUCUUAUAAAAAGUGUUUAAAAAAAUCAUAAUUUAGAUAUAACUAUUUAAAUGAAGGGCAUGGGAAAGCGUCGUUGCAAUGAGAGAAGGUGGAAAAAUUUUGUUCAAGGACACAAUUGGCCCCAGUAAAUUGUUCAAACGAGUGUGUGCUUCUUCUUAUAUUUCUCAUACAUAUAAAAGAAUUUUUGAGUUUGUGUUGGUUUUAUUUUUUUUUGUCUACUCAGAGAUUCCAUGUUAGAAUUUUGUGCUCUUUUGUGUAUUCGUCGUGUAAAAACAGAAACGAUAAUUACGUUCUGUUCUGUUUUCGUACUGGGUGUAAAAGUAGUUAUUGAAAAAGGAGACGGACGAGAAAACGUGUGGUCGUCGUAAUAGGUGUAUGGAUGUUCCCUAUGGUAAAUUAUGGAUGAUUGAGAAGCAGACUAAUAAUUAAAGGGAUAUAAACAAGCGAGGCCAAUACAAGGAUUCUUUUUGUCAAAGACCAAAAAGAAAAUAAAAUCCAGGGGAAGUGAAAACAAUUUUAAAAUACAGAAUAUAUAUAUUGUUUAAGAAAAGUGAAAACAAUCAGCAAAUUUUGAAAUCUUUUAAAGACACUUUUUGCUGUUUGCAUCAUAUUUUUGAAGCUAAAGGCGGUGGCACAUUGUUUUUUUUUUGUUUUUGUGAAGCAUCAAAAUAAAUGCAAUAAUUACAUCAACCAAUAAUUAUAAAAGAAAAAAAAAAAAAAAAAUAAAGAGUUAUAUCAAAAUAAUAAUAAAAAUAGUUCACAUAACCAACAAUUAUUGCAAAUAUUUCGCGAAUCUUUUAAUGAAAAAAUACCAAAAAAAAAAGUUUAAUAAAUCAAUAAAUUAUUAACAAUUUAUAUAUAAAUUGUUUAAAAUAUGAAUAAUCAACCAACUAACCAAAAAGUAUAACGAAUAUUUAUUCAUUGUAAUUUUUCGAUUUUAAUUGAAAACAAGACAAACUUAUGAAUUGAAACAUUGCCUAAAAAGAAAAACUGCAUAACUUAAAUAAAACUUAUAUUAAUUUGAAAAGUGGCUUUUGGCGGAUGAUUGAUUCAUAUAUACAUCAAAACAAAUAAAAAGACAGGAUAUUCUCGAAGAAAAUACAACAAUAAAAUCCAAAGACUUGCUUUUAAAAUAAUAACAUAUAAUGUUUUAUGCCAUUUAAACAAAAGUAAUAACAACAAAAUAUUAAAAAAACUACGGCCAUAUAAAAAUUAACAUUCUAUUUAACAAAGAAAAAUACUAUAAAUAUUUAUUACUUAACUAAAUAUAUUGGGGAGAAAAAUUAACCCUUUCAACGUUCCUUAUUAUACAAAUACAAAUUAUAAAGAAUUCCUUCAUAAAUAUUAUCUAUCACCUUGUGUUUUAAUUAAGCACGGUUCAAGAGUUUUUAUAUAUGGCAACUCUCGAGGAAUACGCACCUAAUAUAUUAAAUAGCUCCGCCUCCAAUUCCUCUUCUACAAUAACUACCAUUGCCACCACUAAUAGCUGCACUUCUUCUACCAACUCUUUUGAAUCCUCUUUACCCCCUAUUACCAAAGCAUUAGAAUCCGCUUCUAAUUGCAGUGCUUCCACUGUGGAUUCAAUUGUUGAUAAGCUCGUAAAUUCUUUGGAUUUGAGCGAUAACCUUCUGGCAAGCAACGUGAUUGCAAAGGAUUUAAGAAGCGUUUCGUCGCGUUCAUCUUCAGUCGCUGGUAGUCUAACUUUGGGAAGCUUCGGUGGGGGCAACAUGUUUAGUGAGGUGUUUGAAAGUAACAUUGGAACUGAGUUGGAGUCUGGUUCUUUGGAAGACUCAUCCGGUUCAUUGGGAGAAGGCGGUGUGGAUAAAAAUUGCAAGAUCUGCAGUUCCCGCUUGCAAUCGCCUCGUGUACUUUCAUGUCUUCAUGUCUUCUGUGAAUCAUGUCUGUCGAAGUUGUUAAACGACGAAUCAGGCAAUAUUUCUUCAUCGUCUUCUAUUUCUUCUGUUGGCGGGGAAAAUAUUUCUACAAAUUCUGCUAAAUCGCAUAUUGAGUGUCCUACUUGCAAGCAAGUUACUGUGGUUGGUGUUAAGGGUAUUCAAUCAUUGACAUGCGAUUAUAUUUUAACCAAUAUUUUGGAUUUGGCUACAAUAGAAUCGGAACAACUGCAUUGCACUUCAUGUAAAAGUAAGGAGAAUGCUAUUUCUCGCUGCAAUGAUUGUGCCAAUUUCUUGUGUAGUGGUUGCGACAAUGCUCAUAAGUAUAUGAGAUGUUUUGAGAAUCAUGGAGUUGUUAAACUUGAAGAUUUGCAAAAGUCAGCCGAUAGUGAUAAGCCCUUGGUCAUACAUAAGCCACUUUAUUGUAACGUUCAUGUAUCGGAGAAUCUCAAGUACUACUGUUUUAAUUGUCAAAUCCCAGUAUGCAAUGACUGUUUGAUUGCUGACCAUAAGGGUAGUGAACAUCAUUAUGAUAUAAUUGGAUCUGCUGAGAAAUCGGUGCGUGGGGAUGUUGAAAAUUUAAUGAAGGAGGCAAAAUCGAAGGUGCAAUAUUGUGAUGAUGCUGCUGCUAAUUUGUCCAGUGCAUUGACUGAACUUCAAACUCAACAUGAUUCUGCACGAGAUCUCAUUCAGGAGACAUUUGAAAAUUAUAAGAAGAUUUUGGAGAAAUGUCGCGAUCAGGCAUUGAUUGAACUUGAAAAAUUGCAUUCCGAAAGGGAAUUGAAAAUAAUGGAUCUAAUGCAAAAUAUUGAAAACACUAUGGGUAAAAUAGAAAACACUUGCAAGUUUACCAAUCGUGUGUUGGAACAAGCUAAUGCUACCGAAUUUUUGUCAAUGAAAAAGUUGAUUGCUACUCAAUUUAUUAACUUGAUCAAUACUACACCCAAAUGCGAUAUAAAUUAUUCGUUGACCUUUGAUACGAAAGCUGAGAAAUUUGAGCAGGUGGCCCAAGAGAUGUUCGGCAAGUUUCGCACUGAAUCUACUCCUCCAUCUCCAAAAGAGAGCACUCCGCCGCCAACAUUGCCUGGCAUGCCACCGAAUAUGAUGAACGGUAGUCGUGUUGGCAAUGGAGGUAGCAAUGUGGGAAUGAAUUGCUCUAAUAGCUCGCAGGGUCAGUUGACCAGCUCAGUUACUGCUAGCAGUCCGAUUUCUUUGCCAACUUCUAUGCAAAGUUCAUUUGAUGGUGAUUUAUAUGCAUUAGGAAAUGGUUUUAUGAUGUCAAAUGUUCUUACACCAGAUUCCCCGCCACAAGGUCAGUCGGGCAUGCUUCACCAUAAUCAUCAGCUGCAACAUCAAAGUAGCACUUCUUCACAUCACAGCGGUGUAAAUGGUUUCAAUAACAUUGGAUCAAUUGGCACAGGUGCAGGUAAUAAUCUCAAUAAUAACAUGAAUGCUUCUUCCGCUGGCUUAAAUGGAACAUUGGCUGGGUCGCAGUUGAGUUCUGGUCUUAAUGGUGGACCACUUAUGGGCCCCCAAGGAUUGAAUGCUUUGAACGGUACUGGACCGUCCAAUGGUCUUAACUCUCUAUCCAAUCCAAUGAAUAACACUCUUGCUGCUGGGCUGAAUGGUUCCCUCGGCGGAAAUGGAGGUGUCGGCGGUGGACCACCAAAUGGAGGCUACAACAGUAUACUCGAAUACAAUUUAUCUCGUCUUGCCAGUCUUACAGAAAAUACUCCUGAUACACUUAAUGACGCCCUAGUUGGACCGGCUGCUGUACCUUCCAACCAGUCGAUUGUUCCCGCUUCUAAUUCCCAAAAUCAACAUAUAACAUUAGCUGACCUUCUCUCUGGUGAUCAACGUGCUUUUAAUAAUCUACAAGCUCUCGCCAAACUGGGCUUAAAUAACAACGAUUUUCACACAGACAUGACAAGCAAUCAGCUUUUAUCGAGUGGAGCCUCACCAACUGGAAUUGAUUGUUUAUUAUCAGAUUACUGCCUACCUACAGCACCAUCGCCAAGUCUACCCACCUUACCACCGAUGUGUCCUGGUGGUAAUGGUGGCGGCUCAGUUGAUGACAUGAGCAUGGCUAGUUUCCAUGCACCACCACCCCCGCCACCCAAUACAACUAGCAUAAUAACCGGUCGCAACAAGGCCACCCCAAUGCAAAUACGUUGCAAGUUUGGAUCGCUAGGCACAUCCAAGGGACAGUUUAAUUCUCCUCAUGGCUUUUGCUUGGGUGUUGACGAAGAAAUAAUAGUGGCCGACACCAACAAUCAUCGCAUUGAAAUUUUCGACAAGUCGGGCAAUUUAAAAUUCUAUUUUGGAGUGCCCGGCAAGGAGGAGGGUCAAUUAUGGUAUCCUCGCAAAGUGGCAGUAAUGCAUACUAACGGCAAAUUUGUAGUUUGCGAUCGUGGCAAUGAACGUUCUCGUAUGCAGAUCUUCUCCAAGAGUGGUCACUUUAUGCGUAAAAUAGCCAUCAGAUACAUUGAUAUUGUAGCUGGUUUGGCUGUAACAUCUAAAGGCCAUAUUGUUGCCGUCGACAGCGUUUCACCCACUGUUUUCGUUAUUUCUGAGGAUGGCGAGUUGGUACGUUGGUUUGAUUGUAGCGACUAUAUGCGUGAGCCUUCGGAUAUAGCUAUUAGAGAUAACGAUUUUUACGUAUGUGAUUUUAAAGGCCACUGUGUAGCUGUCUUCCACGAGGAUGGUACUUUCCAGUAUCGUAUUGGUAAUGAAAAAGUUACUUGUUUCCCCAAUGGAAUUGACAUUUCAAAUGCUGGUGAUAUAUUGAUUGGGGAUUCUCAUGGCAAUCGUUUCCAUGUAGCUUGCUAUUCGCGUGAUGGAAUAUUGCAAUCAGAAUUUGAGUGUCCUCAUGUCAAGGUAUCGCGUUGCUGCGGUUUAAAGAUUACUUCCGAAGGUUAUGUUGUUACUUUGGCUAAAAAUAAUCAUCAUGUUUUAGUGCUCAACACUCUGUAUGUUCAGUGAUUGCAAAAAAGAAAAGCACUGAGUGCACGAAACGAUUUGUUACAAUGUGGAAAAACUUUAAAUAUAACCAAAUAUCAUAAUCGUCAUCAGCAACAACCGCUUCAGCAAAAUUUGAUUCAAAAACAACAACAACAACAAUUACCACAACCACAAUCGCAGUCUCAGUCGCAACUUCAGUUGAAAACCAAAGUUUUUCCUACAGCCAAUAAUACGGUUGUUAGUAAAAAUCUAAAUGUAUCGUCGUUAUCAACUUCGACAGGAGCAGUACCAACAGCAGCAGUAUCAGUAUCAGCAUCAGCGGUGUCAACAGCAGAUUUAGCAGCAAUAAAUUUCAAUUUGCCUUUAAUUAGCAAGCAGCUUUAUAAUGAAAAUGGUGAUAAUAUUGAACAAAACAAAUUACAUUUUAUAGAUUAUGAUGAAAUUUAAGGCAAUAAUAUUUUGUAUUAUUUUCAUUAUUUUUUAUUAAUAUUAUAAUUAUAAAGAAACAAAGAAAACAAAGCAAAAGAAAGAAACAAAAACUAUAAACAUAUAAUUAUAACAACGCCUCCAAAGAUACGACGAAAUUUUGAAUUUACGCCGCCAAAAGCCAAAAAAAAAAUCAUAUUUUUUUUAAACACCUCUUCUUACUAUUAU